UUCCUAUGAGACAUGUUCUGCGCUUUUGUUUCUACAUGCAGCAGCAGUAGCAAACGAGAUCACCCGUUGAACGUUGAACAGGACAGCGUUUAUUUAGUGUGUAUAAACUGCAAUUGAGCUUCUUUGCCGUGCCACGUUUGUUUUGGGCACCAUACUACUGGAUCAUUCUGCUACGAUAGCAGUAACUUUCGAUUUGUCGUUCAUUUAGUGCUCGUGAUUUGGGUGCUGUUUCAUGCGGUCUUUGCAUCGCGAUUCACAACUUUUCUCUCCCAAGCUCGCUUCAGCAAACAUUAUCAUUAGGUAACCUCUGCUUGCGGUAUUUAACGUGGUGAGUAGUUCAGGGGUAAAACAAUCAACUAAUACUAGCAUGGAAUCGACGAAGCAUCAAACACAGACCGAUUUUUCUGCGCUACUUCUUUUUUUUCCAAUACUCUCUUUUAUACCUCUCCGCUUUGCCACUGUCGUCGGCGGCUGACGUCAAUGUGUUAUGUACACAUGUGAAAAAAACAUUCUGGACAAACAACGUGAACGCCAGCAGAACGGACGAAGCCAACGACGCUCCUGCUGCACGUACCGGCGAUGACUCGUUUCCGUCUGGUAGAAGUGCUUCACUUAGCGCCUCAGCCACUACAGGCCAUUCCAUCUCCUGCCAUCUUAUCCGGCUCGUCCGUUUGUCAGUGCGAACGUCGCUUGCUGCAGUUCCCCAUCGAACGGCUUCUCUAACUCACGGUCUGCUCGCCAGCGGCAGCAACGACCCAGUGACGAGAGACAGGCGGCAAGUGCCGAAGGCAAAGGCUCCAAAAUCAGAAGCCGCGGCGACUGCAUGCACUAUUUUGUAGUUCUACGAAUCGUCGCGCUGCUAGCGACACUGGUUGAGUCGUCGCCACAGGCGCGUUGUUCCGUUGUUGUGGCAACCGACCCAACGUAUCGAAGUAGCACCAGCAACGACAACAGAAAUAACAACAGAAGCGUCAGUUACUAUUAACGUGCCAAUGGCGUUGUAACCACUACAGAAACGAUACCGAUGAGUCUCUGUGAGACUAUUUGAAUGUGGAUAUAAGCACAAACUCAGCUAGGAACACUUAGGAGAGUACAUUUACGCCGCCAAAGUUUUCGCUGGCGAGCGACUACGACAACAAUGUAAUGGACGGAGCGUAAAAAGCAAAUGGCUGCGGUGCUCGUCUCAGAGCUACAUCGUCGGUGUUCAUAGCUACGAAGCUGGAAAAUGUUUUAGUCGAUAUUAUAAAGGUAAUUGAAUUAACGGGUGCAAGGCGCGUAGAAGAAUGACUUGAUAAUUAACGAAGUGUGAAUAUUGACUGGUAGUGUGGGCGCCGAGCAUGACUUCGUGAGUCGUGCACGAAUGAAAAAUUGCAGUUAGCGGUACCGUGAAUAGUUUUCUGGGUUUAAGUUUUCCUGAGGCGGUAGGUACUGGUGCUGAUUGAAUCACUCUCGGUUACAUUUGUGCGAAGAUGAAGUCGGCCGCACCCCGGAUAGCACGCUCUAUGAGGCUCGCAUAUAUGUUCCUGUUUAUUGUUUCAGUGGCACACGCCGCUCUCCUAGGUAACAUUACCUGGUGUUCCGUAAGCGAUGCCGAACAACUGAAAUGCACAGAAUUUGCUGAAGCGGUGAGAACUUCGCGCCAAUUUAGCGUUGAUAUGUACUGCGUCCAGGCUCCAUCAAAAGAUCAGUGUAUGAACUUCCUUGACAACCAGAAGGUCGACGUUGUUGAGCUCGAUCCCGGCGAAAUGUACCAGGGUGGCGGACAUCAUUCUGUAAUCCCGAUACUUAGUGAACUUUAUGGACCAGAGGAAGAGCCGGGAUUCUAUUCGGUAGCUGCAAUCCAUCAAUUUGCUAAUAUUUCGGAUCUACUUCAUUUGCGAGGUCGCAGAGCAUGUUUCUCGUCAGUGGGAGACAUGGCCGGAUGGGUGGUGCCAAUGGCACAUCUAAUUGAAAAUCGUGUCCUUGAGGUUCUAGACUGCAACAAUCUCGUCAAAAGUGCCUCGUACUUUUUCGGGGCAAGUUGUGCACCCAACUCCCUUCUGGACAAGCAUAACCCGACGGGCGACAACCCGCAGAAAAUGUGUGAGAUCUGUGCGGGUCGGGGCGGAGACCGAUGUUCAGGGAAUGACCCGUAUGCUAAUUACGAUGGAGCUUUUCGCUGUCUUGAAAAAGACGGUGAAAUUGCUUUCCUUAAACACACGACGAUUCAUGAGGCUACCCUUGACAAUCCUGCACUGAAAUCAAGGUAUCGCUUGCUCUGUCCUGAUGGCCGCGUAGAGAUGAUAGAUCGUCACGACAACUGCAACUGGGGCUUUGUCCAGCCGAAUGUUAUCGCUACGACGUCCGAGACGUCGAGUGAUCGGCGAAAAAUUAUACAGGAUUUUAUGAUCCAAGCUUUGCGGUUGUUCGGGAAACCUUUGCCGAACGCCUUUAACUCGCAGUCAGGUUUCAACCCUGGUGAUUUCAACGGUAAUCCGAAUAGAGACUCCAGCUUCGACAGUAUUACUUCGUAUACAAAUACAGAAAACCAGCUCAACAACAACCUUUACCAAUCGAUAAAUUCCUUACGGAAUCGCCAAAUUCGGCGAGCGCCACACCACCGAUCUGAAUUCCGACCUCCCUGGGAGUCACGCCUGCCAAAAACACAGUUUAAUCUGUUCCGGAAGUAUGGGAACGGAUCGAAUCUACUACUGCAGGAUCGUACGACUCGUUUUAUACGUCUCGAUGGUCAGAGGCAGACCUACGCAGGCUUUUUAGGCGCUCACAUCGAGGUGUUCCAGCAGCUGGGGAAAUGUCCCGUACCAUCCGCCGGAUUUUGUGUCGUGUCUUCUCAGGAGUACGACAAAUGCCAACGGAUGCGAUCGGCUUUCAAGGCGCAGAACCUUAAGCCGGACAUCCACUGUGUCCUGGCACCUACCCAACUCGUCUGUAUGCACAUGAUACAUCAGGGUAAUGCUGAUUUGGCCAUGUUCGAAGCCGGAGACAUCUAUCGUGCUGGUUCUCGUUUUGGUCUCGUGCCUAUCCUUGCUGAACAGUAUAACCUAGAUGAGCCUUAUUAUUACGCUGUUGGCGUUGCUCAGCAGAAGGACAAAGACACAGAUCUGCUUUACCUUAAAGGUAAACGAGUCUGUAGUGGGGGAAUGUUUACUGCAGUUGGUUACGUGAUCCCGUUGGCGUUCUUGCUUACCAACGACCGCAUGAGGUCUUACGGCUGCGACUCCGCCCGGGCAAUGUCUGAGUUCUUCGCUAAAGGAUGCGUACCAGGCGCGCUUAACAAGGAGUUUGCCGCGCCGCAUUCAAAUGAGUACAAAAGCUAUCGUAACCUAUGUGAUCUUUGCCAUGGCGAGAGUCGAAACUAUUGUAGCCGUGACGCGUCUGAACAAUUCUAUGGACACUCCGGGGCAUUCCGCUGCCUGGUCGAGGGCGGUGGGGAGAUCGCUUUCGUAAAGCAUACAACCAUCUUUGAGAAUACUGCCGGACGCAAUCCAUUGCCCUGGGCUAGAAACGUGGCUCCGGAGGACUUUGAGUUGCUAUGCCGGGACGGAAGUCGUCAAACAUUCGACAAGUACAAAGACUGUAACCUCGGAAAAGUCGCUGCCAACGCUAUGAUGACGUCCAAACACAAACUCACUCAGGAGAUCGAAGCCUAUAUCGCGCUGUUCGUUUACGCACAACAACAUUACGGGUCGAAAUAUAGUGAAGAAUUUACUUUCAAGAUGUUCGUCUCGGAGUACAAUCAUCGUGACCUUAUAUUCCAGGACUCAACACAACAGCUUCUCCCGAUAGUUGAGCAAAAGCGCAACUACAGAAGAUAUCUUGGCCUUGACUUCCUUAGCGCCAUUCGAGUUGUCGAUUGCAACGUUAUAAUUAACGGGGCUUUCCCGCUUUACAAGGGAACUUCGGCCUACUUGAUCACGGCGCUGUUGAUCCUCGUACAAUUGUUACUGCUCACAGUGGGACGGAUAGCAUAAUUACACCGUCCAUCUAUAGGCGCCUCUAUAGGAAAACUACGCAGAAGGACAAUCACCUCUCCAUUUCAAUAUAACGUUGCUACCAGUGCUGUAGAAAUACACACCCAUCGUAACGUGUACGUGUAAAGUUAUACAGUAAGUUGAGAGCAUUUGCUUAGCUGAUCUUUCAUAGGGAUGAAAUGGAAAGAAUUAAAGAAAGGAAAAUUGUUUGUGUGAAUGUACCGCUAUGAAGAGUGUAUAAAAAAACGUGAUUGAUUAACACUUUCAUCGGGUAAUCUAACGUCUAAUGCUACUGUAUUUAUUGGAAAGGCAAAUGCAGAACUCUACGCAUGUUCCCCAUCAGCAGACAAAUCAACUCAGCCAGAACCAUGAGUUUUUCUAGAACACGUUCUCUCUAUAUCGCUGUGAUCUUUUUGAGAGCAACCGUAACACUGCACGAAACCGUAGCGGCGUUUGAAACUGUUUUUCUAGUACAGACGCGCCGCUCGAUACCGAAUACGGAACACGCUUAGAAUGAAAAGUCUGAACAAAACGAUAUACCGCCAUACUUUUUUGAUUGCCAUUAAUUUUUAGUAUUUUUGUAGAACGCAGUUGCACGUACAUUGUUUCUUUAACGCGCAAGCGUAAGAUGUAGACGUAACUGUCAAAUACGUAAGCACCGGUCCUGCAAGGUGAACUUGGUUAACUUUAAGUAGAAAAAUGGUUAACUUGUUCAUCAGCUCUGUGCUUACAGUGAGCCAGUAAACACCGUAUAAAAUAUCAUCGUCCUAUUUUUAAAUCGGAACUAAGUUAAUGACGCAUCCAUUGUGGAAAGGAGCAAACGCGGAUUUUUUCGCAAUCGUCGAUGUUUUUUGUGCUUGAUUUUUCAUUCUAUUUGUUUAGUUGCUAUUCGUUCGAAACGACGAUUGGAAAUUUUCCAACUGUCGGGCUGAACUAGAGAACACAGAAUAUACAUUUGCGGGGACUCGCAAGAGCGGCAAAGCUAUAACAAAGAACGUUUUGCAAUUAAUUAUCCUACUACAUUAGAGUCUAGCGAUAAUCCCUGUUUUUUUUUUUUUUUCUUUCUUGCUGCGUCUCUUACAUAAGAAAAGGAUAAUACAUGAAUGUUAUUAUCUUAUCAUAAGCGUUAUGUCCAGCACUGUCGCGCUUGAGAACUUUGGCCUCAGUCUAAGCUAAGAAAAACAUUACGAGACUCUGUUAUAUAAUUAUUAUCACUGGAAAAAGAUUCAAGGUAAAUUGUGUUUCAUCCAUGUGUUUAUUUUAUGAAAAAUAUUUUUUUAGAAAUGUUAUUAUGAUACCGUGUUGAUGAGAUUGCUAUGACACUACAAAUAUUUUUCAAAUGUAAAAACUAACCUUCGACGUACCACUGUUUCAUUAGAAUCAGGUAGUAAUAUCUGGAAUCAUCUCAACGUAGCGAUACUAGGUGACACUGAAAGAGCAGAUGGAUUAGUGCGGAUGGUGAGAAAUGAUUGAAGAUCAUUUAGAAGAUAAACUCUGGCAAAGCUAAAAUAAUUCGGUACGAUUUUUUUAAAUUUAGGUAUUGAUACAUAAUCGGAUCUUAAAUGUAAAUAAACGAACUCUUCGUCCGUCGUACCAAGUCAGUUGCCUUAUGAUACGUUUUUCAUCCUAUAAUACGCUACCGUAGUUAAUAAUUAUUGAAUUUCAUAUUAGUACGGUAUAAUAAAUAUUCAUUUGAUGUUUAGAGGACGUUCAGCAAUAUUAUUAGUAAUAGUAAUAGCAGCUAGAAAAAACUUGCAGACAUCAUGAAACGAGCGACAAUUCCAAUAAACCUAAAAUCAGAGCACUUUUAGCCAAUUGGACACAUGCAAAAAAGAAACUCAACUGUCCGUGGUGUCGAUACAUGUAGGAGCAACGAAACGUUGGUGCUCACCUUGGUAGCUCUUGUAGAAGCAACGCGAUACUUUUCAGAAGUUGCGCGUUAUAGAAGUUUGUAGAUAACUCUUGAGAACUUAUAACAAGCGAAAACCAUUGAAUUCAGCUAUUCUUUUUUAA